GAUGAACGGACUCGCUCGGGCCGACCCCAAGGCCGUCGUCCACGCCUACCGCCACCUGUACCGCCAAGGGUUGAAGGUGGUUAAUUACUCGACCCCGUCGCGACAUGUGCUUCUCGAGACUCUUCGUUCCACCUUCCGAGCCGGCACGCCCGACGAUUUCGAGCCGCACAAAAUCGCCAAUACGUUGAGCUUUCUCCAACGAGCGUGCGACAUUGCAGGGUUGGAACACAAGAUUGUGAGGAACAUGCUGAUAGUGCAUUACUGGGAGCAGCCCCGCAUGAGGAAAGAGUAUCGGAGGCUUAGAGGUCUAGGGAUUGAUCAGAAGCAGUUCGUUGUGCGGGCGGCUGCCAACGAGCAGUUCAAACAGACAUUACUGCUACUUAACGAGAGUCUGGGAACGUGUCUGAAAUGAUAGGUUCUUUAAGAAGUAGUUCGUCCUAGACUCUAUCCUUACGCCCACAGUCUCCUGUUAGGGCUCCGCUUGGGGGGACGGAGGUCGGUACCGGCACACAAAACGGCGAGACCUUUGGAAAGCGACCAGUCGUCUGAGGCGGAGAGCUUCAGGAUGGCGGUCAUUGUAGAGUACCGAGAGUUUCCCGCCCCAUGGUCGCAAAUGCGGGAGAGGAAGGCAUGAUCAUGAUCGACCGGCUCACGAGGUACCUAUUAUAUCCCUUGCGACGCAGCUCCUGGGUCUACGGGGCCUCCCAAGCUCAAUACCACGCAAUUUCCUUGUUUGUUUCCAUAGCCGGGUCUGGAGGACCUCCUGCGGAGAGUAUCUAGGUAGGUCAGGUAGCUACAGUAGGACGAGGUGUACUUGCUGCGUAGGGCCGACGAUCUGCACCUCAGGCAGCGAAUCAGCGG